UCUCUGAAUUGUAAUACGAAUUGAUACAGGGACGAAUCCAUAUCCAUGUCCCUCACUUCUCCAGCCACAUUGUCUUAGACGAAAACCAGCCAACAUGUGUUACUUCGAUUUUCUAUCACUCGCCCCCUACAACACUUCCUUUUUUUCACUUCUCUUCUUCACCUAAGCUUUCAUCUUUCUUGCAUGCUUUAACAACGCCUCCUGCACACCCAUUAUCUGCUUAAACUUUUCUUCUUACAACUUGUUGGCAGGGUACUGCCCAUUAUUCUUUUGAGUGUAUGCAGAUAGGUUUCCAAGUCUUGAUUCGAUUAAGUUAUUGUGACUGAUGGGUCCUGUAAGAGGAUUGAAAAAAAGAAAAAAGACUGAGAAGAAGUACGACGAGAAUAGUUCUGCUUCUGAUUUGCCGGCGAAAGAGGGCCCGUUAGAUUGGUGGAUUGAGUUCUCAAAGAGGAUUAGUGAUCUUCAUCAGUCUCCACCAAAGGAGUUGGAUAACUUUGAAUCUACUUUUAAGAUCUCCAGAAAGACUUUUGAGUACAUAUGUUCACUGGUGAAGGAUGAUAUGAUGGCAAAAUCUGCGCAUUUUGUCUUUUCUAACGGCAAGCCAAUGUCUUUAUAUGAUCAAGUAGCCGUAGCAUUAAGGCGACUAGGAUCUGGGGAGUCACUAGUCACCAUUGGUGAUUCAUUUGGGCUGAAUCACUCAACUGUUUCACAAGUUACUUGGCGAUUUGUUGAAUCUAUGGAAGAAAGGGGUCUUCACCAUCUGCAAUGGCCUUCUACAGAAGCAGAAAUUAUAUCAAUCAAAUCCAAAUUUCAGAAAGUACGAGGCCUCCCCAAUUGCUGUGGUGUAAUUGAUGCUACUCACAUCAUGAUGUGUUUGCCUGCCUCAGAGCCUGCUAGUAAUGUGUGGCUGGAUCACAAGAAGAAUCACAGCAUGGUGUUGCAGGCAAUAGUAGAUCCUGACAUGAGGUUCAGGGACAUCGUCACUGGCUGGCCAGGCAGAAUGAAGGAUUCGUUGGUUUUUGAGAGUUCCAAUUUCUACAAACUUUGUAACAAAGGAGAGAGGUUGAAUGGGAAGAAGCUGCUGCUUCCUGAAGGAUCAGAAAUAAGGGAAUACAUAAUUGGGGAUUCUGGCUACCCUCUACUGCCAUACCUGGUAGUCCCGUAUGAAGGCAAAGAACUUCCAGAGCCAAAAGCAGAGUUUAAUAGGCGGCAUUUCGCAACACGGAUUGUGGCGCAGAGGGCGCUGGCAAGGCUGAAGGAAAUGUGGAGAAUUAUUCAAGGAGUGAUGUGGAGACCUGAUAAACAUAAGUUGCCCAGGAUUAUUCUGGUUUGCUGCUUGCUUCACAACAUUGUGAUUGAUAUGCAAGAUGAAGUGCAGGAUGAGCUACCUUUGUCUCACAACCACGACUCUGGUUACCAUCAACUGAUUUGUGGAGCUGUUGACGUAAAAGGAGCAUCACUAAGAGAUAACCUGUCUCUCUUCUUAACCGGAAGCUUGCCUCCGUGAUAUUUUGUCUGUUACUUUCGGUUGCUACCUCAAGAAUGUAUCUGGAAAUCUGAGUUUCUUGGAGUCAACUCGCCUCCUUAAUUUAUACUUUGUAAUUCAAAUUGCAUAUUACUGUGUGAAGAUUGCACCUUAUCGUAUUCCGAUGUGCCAGCUCAAAUCAUUUUUUUUUAAUGGCUCAAUCCAUUU